AUGCGUCGCCUCAAAACCAACCUGAGAAUCGUUUCCACCGACGAAAUCUGGGAGAGGAACGAAGACGCCAGCGAUUGUUUUUUCUCCCACACAUCCAUCGUUGCUUUCUACGGUGAAACUGCUUACCACGGAAUGAGUGCUGCGCGAACUACAGAUCUAAGCAAAGAACCUUUUCUGCCUUUUCUGAAACCCCUACACCCGAUCCCUCGCGAAGAUAUCUAUCCGAAAUUUAGCUCGCGCCUCACUCGCGCGCCAGAAAUCUACAUCAGGAAGCCAAACCUGAGCUUGUACUCGCCAGAUGACGGACAUGAGAUCGCAGAUCUACUGUUCCAUGAGGCUGAGAUCUACGAGAUCCUACGCAGACAUCCUCACCCAGGCCUGGGCCGGUCAUUGGGCUGUGUGGUGGGCGACGAUGGUCGCAUCACGGGACUUGCGCUUGUGAAAUACAAUGGCCUCAGUCUGUUUCAGCGCGCGCAUGGUCCGGAAUUCUUAGGGGAGGAGCAACGAAAUCGUUGCAUAGAGGGUCUGAAGGCUGCUGUUCAACACCUCCAUGACCUUGGGCUGGCGCACAACGACAUAAACCCUUCGAAUGUGAUGUUUACAGACGAUGGAGCACCUAUCCUGCUUGAUUUUGCCACGUGCAAUCCCAUAGGGACUAAGCUGAUCAAGGGGGGCCAAGUGGGCGAAUUCGAAAAUGGGAUUGCCGUUGCUAAGUAUGAGUUGUCCUCGGCAGAUUGUGACAAUGCAGCUAUAGAGCACAUCAGUGCCUGGCUCAAAAGGAUGUACGAUGAAAGAAAAUCGAAGAUUGAAGGGAGAAUGUGA